AUGGCGAACGUGGCUGUGUCUCCUGCUCCAGAUGAUGAUCAGGUACUCACUCCGGACAGCUAUUCUGUCGGAAUUGUGUGUGCCUUGCCUAGGGAACUUCUGGCUGUGCGAGCAUUGUUUGAUAGUAGACAUUCGAAUUUACCUGUGUAUUCGAAAGAUACGAAUCACUACGCGUUGGGACGAAUUGGGAACCAUAAUGUUGCCGCAGCCUGUCUUCCAUCCGGAGAGUACGGGACCAAUUCAGCAGCAGUCGUGGCGUCGAAAAUGGACGACAGCUUCCCGUGUCUGAAGUUCUGCCUACUAGUUGGGAUAGGAGGUGGCGUUCCUUCUAUAGAGAAUGACAUUCGCCUCGGCGAUGUCGUUGUCAGUUGGCCCACAGCCGGCUACUCUGGUGUGAUUCAAUAUGACUUAGGCAAGACCCUUAGUGACGGCCAGUUUGAGGUUACCGGAUCCUUGAAUCGACCACCUCGCUUUCUCAUGACUGCACUCGGCCUCUUAAGAUCCGACCCAGACAUUUGCCCAGAGAUGCAGCUUCUCACCCAUACCCAAGUAAUUGGAAGCAAAAAGCCCGAAUAUCAUAACCCAGGACCAGCUCAAGACAGGCUUUUUGUGUCAGACUGUGUUGUGAAUGCUGGCGGAAAAUGCACAUGCUCCGAGGAAAUACGAGCACCGCGAAUGAAGAGCCACCCGCGCAUACACUACGGCCUUGUUGCAUCAGGGAAUCGACUCAUCAAAGACCGUUCAACUCGAGAUCGUCUUGGCCGUGAACACAAUGUUCUGUGCGUUGAAAUGGAAGCAGCUGGAAUCAUGAACACGAUACCUUGUCUCGUCAUUCGUGGUAUUUGCGACUACGCUGAUUCUCAUAAAAACAAAGAUUGGCAAAACUACGCGGCCGCGACUGCCGCUGCAUACAUGAAGUUGAUUCUGUCAGUCAUACGACCAUGA